UUGGGUCAUGAUUAUCACGUGCUUCCUUUGCCUAAUAGUGUCGGUAUUUCCCGCGAAUGUUCCUCGCCCAAAACUAGCGCAUCUUGCUUCUGGAGAUGUGGAGAUUUCAGUAGAUGGAGCUCCGGGAAUGAAGGUGUAUGACGUAAUGUACACUAUCAAGGGCAGAACGCACCAAGGACCUUUUCAUCAAGGAGCCGACGGACGCUGGUAUCAUCGCAACCAUAAUGCAGCAUUCGACGGUCAAAGCAAAAUUGAAUAUACCAUCGUUUGGGAAAUUGAGGGCAAAACUGUUGUAUCCAAAGGAAACUUACAACCAGAGGAAUCCGGUUUAGUUAUUUCUCCACCAAGCCGAGUUGAAAGGUCAUGUACCCGUGUUCUCCGUGACGAUUUCGAUGGACCUUUAAAUACAGGCAAUUGGGACUUUGAAGUUUCCAUGUACGGAGGUUAUAACUGGGAAGUGCAAGCAUAUGUUCCGGAUACAAGAAACGUAUUCACAAGGAACGGCCAUCUUUUUAUAAAGCCAACUCUUACCACGGACCACCCAAACUAUAACGAAGCAUUAUUACACACUGGGGUUAUGGACUUGAAACAAAUGUAUGGAUAUUGUACAAAUGCUGACCGCUAUGGUUGCUACAGAAACGGUAGAGAUGGCAUUUUGCCUCCUGUCAUGUCCGGAAAAAUACAGUCAAAAGCAAACAUCAGAUUUGGUGUUGUCGAGGUCAUGGCAAGAAUCCCGAGAGGGGAUUGGAUAUGGCCAGCUAUAUGGAUGUUGCCAAGAAGCAGUCAUUACGGUGCAUGGCCACGAUCAGGAGAAAUUGAUAUCAUGGAGAGUAGGGGAAAUACAAUUGCUAAUGGUAACCACGGAGUUACCGAGGUAGGAGCAACACUGCACUGGGGACCUGACGCUGGUCAAAAUAAAUACUCACUAACACACGGUGUUCUACAGGGUGAUUGGAGCCAUAGCUUACAUCUGUACCGUCUUGACUGGACGCCUACUGAUAUCCGUGUAUCUGUUGACGGUCGCCCAAUGAUGCAUGUUCCUAUACAUCAAAGUUUCUGGCAAAAAGGUCAUUUUAGUGGUGGUAAUAUAUGGGGCAGUGGUAUAAACGCGGCACCAUUUGAUCAACAGUUUUAUUUGAUUCUAAACGUUGCAAUUGCUGGAACAAAUGGAUUUUUCCCUGACGGCUGGCAUUAUGAUACUGCUAAACCUUGGAACAACAAUUCACCUACUGAACCACAAGAUUUCUGGAAUGGUAGAGGGAAUUGGCUACCAACUUGGCACGGGGAUGAUGUUGCUAUGGAAAUUGAUUAUGUUGAAAUGUAUCAAUGUUAAUAAAACAAAAUAUAUCAUAUAUAUACAUAA